ACUAUACUAUCUGUCUGACUUUGUUUUGAUCGUUUCUAACAGUAUAUAGCAUCUUCCAUAACCGUAACAACCUUAUUCGCGUUGUUACUCCGGUCAACGUCACAAUCACAAUCACAAUGACUUUAUUUUGCCUCAUCAACAUUGUCAUUUUUCUACUACCUGGAAAUGUGAGGAUGUGCCCGGAUCCUUGUAAGUGUUAUGACGAGCUCGAUCAUUCAUCAGUUUUAUGUGACCACCAAUCAUUGACCAAAAUACCCGAGGACAUACCUAUCAACGCGUCGACUGUGCAAGUCAGCCACAACGCCAUUGCUGAACUCCCCGUAAACGCUUUUAAAAACCUGACCAGACUACGGAAGUUAUAUCUCGACUACAAUCUUCUAGAUAACUGGCCUCCACAAGUCUUCAACAACAUACCUUUAAGAUACCUUAGUAUCAACUAUAACAACAUCAGUCUUCUUAAUAGCGAAAUGUUUUCUCAAUUGAUAAACCUGACUUUUCUGUCUAUGACCAAUAAUUACAUAGUAGACCUUGAAAGUGGAGUGUUUGAGAGUCUCAUGUCAUUGGAAGACCUGAAGCUAGACAACAACAAUAUAGAAAAAAUUCCUAAUGGGGCUUUUUCCGGUCUUGUCAAUCUACGGUCACUAUAUUUGGACUUCAACAACAUUCACAUCAUCUCGGCUGGAGCCUUCAGUGUGAUGACAAACUUAGAGAGACUUUACCUUACCAAAAACAAGUUGCGUACAUUACAUGAGACAACUUUCGACAAUCUGAUGUUGUUGAACACUUUGUCCCUAAAUUUGAACUCCAUCACUGAACUACCAGGACAGAUAUUUUCUACAUGUGUACAGCUGGAGAACUUGUUUCUGGAUAGCAACAACCUAACAACUCUUCCUCCUAACAUCUUCACCAAACUUGCCAACCUUGACUUCGUCACUUUGGGCUCCAACCCAUGGUUGUGUGACUGUCGGUUACAGCAGGGUCUAGUCCGGUGGAUCCGGAAUUCUUCACUUGCUGACAGAGUCAUGGGACGUCCUACCUGCAGUUCGCCUCCUCAGACGCUAGGGCUGUCGUUACGGGACGCGUGGAGUAGCCUUUCUUGUCAACACGGAACCUGCUACAAUGGCACCUGUCUGUGCGACCGCAUCUGGGCCGGUAUUUACUGUCAGGAUGUUUCUUUAGAUCAACUGAACACCCCUGUCUCAGAACAAGAUCCCGCAUCCAUCGCAGUAUCUGUAGCCGUCUCUAGUGCCAGUAUCGCCGUGGUGCUGAUCCUGACAGCCGGCGCCGGCUUCAUCUUCUACCGCCGGUGGAGGAAGAGGAAAGAUGACGAUGACGAAACGAUAUACAUCGACGACUUCUUGCCGUUUGAUAGAGAAAUUCACUGGAGAAGGAUGCAGGAGCCCCCGCCGGUACCUCCCCGCCCACAGUUCCCGGGGUUGGAGGUGGACCCCGGCCGGCUCACCCUGGGGCAGAGGAUCGGCAGUGGAGCAUUCGGCGUCGUCUACGCUGCAGUCAUGACGCGGGAUGGCAACACAAGGGACGUCGUCGUCAAAACUCUCAAAGACAGCGCCAGUGAGGAAGAAAAGUUGAGUUUCCUGGAAGAAAUCCGCUCAGUUGUCGAUCUGGGUGCGCACGACAACCUGCUGGGUCUGGUCGGCUGCAGCACGCUGGUGCGAGACCAUCUUUAUCUCAUCACGGAGUUCAUGCCGUACGGAGACCUGAAGAACUUCUUGCUAAAAUGCCGAGAGGAAGAGAUGUCCGACAGUCCUCCAGAUGGCAUUUACGAUUUCCAAACACUACAGAUGUAUCAGGUGGCCAGACAGAUCGCAAGAGGCAUGGACCACAUCGCCCGGUCCCGUUACGUCCACGGAGACCUCGCCGCCCGGAACGUCCUAGUCGGGGAACACCUGAAGGUGAAGAUUUCCGACUUUGGACUGGCAGAAGACAUCUACAGCCGAGGUUACCGUCGGCAGGACCGACUCAAGAAGGUACCGUGGAAGUGGAUGGCUCCGGAGCGCCUACAGGAUGGGACCGUCUACACCGCACAGAGCGACGUGUGGUCGUUCGGGAUAGUGCUGUACGAGAUAAGUACGCUAGGGGGCGACCCUUACCCUGACGUACCACCAGCCGAGCUCAAAGAUCGUCUACAGGCUGGGCACAGAAUGGCCAAACCUGAGCGCUGUCCACCAGCCAUGUAUGGCGUGAUGACGCAAUGCUGGAGUUGGCGGCCCAAUGAGAGGCCGACCUUCCGCCAACUGGAGCUCUCAUUGGACAAACAACUCUCCUUCUACGGACCUGACUACGCCAGGGUAACACCAAGUUCAUCCGCGGCAACAACAUCCAGGGCACCGCAAAACUAGCCUCCUUGGAUAGCGUAAGAUAUCUUACCAAGAGAUAAUAGAGUCCACUAUGGUAUAAACAAUCAAUUGUGUUGUUAUAUAUUUACCAUCAAUAGUUAGAGAUGAAAUUUAACAAUAUAUCCAAUGUGUUGGGAGGGUAUCACAUUGUUCAGUCGAUUCAAUUGUAUUGGAAAAUUCAUUUGGUUAAAAUUUAUUUGCAAAAUUCAGCUUAAUUUGAGAUACAUUUAUGUCAAAAUGAUAAUGUGCUGUCUAAUCUCUAUAUAUUUGUUUACAUUUAUGAUUUUCAAGAAAAUGAAAGUUCAUUGAAGUAAGAUGCACAUUUGCACUUGUGCUUGUACAAUACAUAUUAGAAUGCGAUGUUAAAAGUACCAGUAGCUGAUGUAUUUUAGUCUAACAUGACUAAAAUGUAUUCAUUUCAUCACAUUGAUUGAAACGUAAAGUAAAAAGAAAGACGUAGAACCCCUACUUUCCGAUCCUAAUUUUUUUCAGGACCAGAAACGGAAAUUGUCGAUCAUUUUUUACCUAGGCCUUAGCUAGUGUGUUCUAUAGCUAUAUUUCUGUGCCAUUCUUUAUAAUGAAGUACGCACAAGCUUAUUUGGUAAUCCUAACGAAGGUAAUCUUGAAUGUCAGCCCCUGUGUCCAGAACACGAAAUAAAGAUUCAUUUUAUCAAUCUGA